GGGAAGAUAUGGCUCUGCACUGCUGGCGGCGGGCGUCCCUCCGCCGCGGCGUCGGCGGCGGCCCCCGGGCCCGCCCGCUCAUGCGGCCCCUCUGGUUGCUCCUCGCAGUGGGAGUCUUUGGCUGGGCCGGGGCGUCGGACGACGACGGCGGAGCGGCGAGAGCCAUGGAUGAAGAGAUCGUGUCAGAGAAGCAAGCCGAGGAGAGCCACCGGCAGGACAGUGCCAGCCUGCUCAUCUUCAUCCUGCUGCUCACCCUCACCAUUCUCACGAUCUGGCUCUUCAAGCACCGUCGGGUCCGCUUCCUGCAUGAAACCGGCCUGGCUAUGAUUUAUGGUCUUCUGGUGGGCCUUGUGCUUCGGUACGGCAUUCAUGUUCCAAGUGAUGUAAAUAAUGUGACCCUGAGCUGUGAAGUGCAGUCAAGUCCAACUACGUUACUGGUAAAUGUUAGUGGAAAAUUUUAUGAGUAUACACUGAAAGGAGAGAUCAGCUCACAUGAACUUAAUAACGUUCAAGACAAUGAAAUGCUUAGAAAGGUUACUUUUGAUCCAGAAGUAUUUUUCAACAUAUUACUUCCUCCUAUCAUAUUUUAUGCAGGUUAUAGUCUAAAAAGGAGACACUUCUUUCGAAACCUUGGGUCUAUCCUAGCAUAUGCUUUUCUUGGAACAGCAAUUUCUUGUUUUGUUAUUGGGUCAAUAAUGUACGGCUGUGUAACACUGAUGAAAGUAACUGGACAGCUUGCGGGAGAUUUUUACUUUACAGAUUGCCUGCUGUUUGGUGCCAUUGUAUCGGCAACUGAUCCAGUGACUGUUCUUGCCAUAUUCCAUGAGCUUCAAGUUGAUGUUGAACUCUAUGCACUUCUUUUUGGCGAAAGUGUCCUCAAUGAUGCUGUUGCCAUAGUGCUGUCCUCCUCAAUAGUGGCAUACCAGCCAGCUGGAGACAACAGUCACACCUUUGAUGUCACAGCCAUGUUCAAGUCUAUUGGGAUCUUCCUUGGGAUCUUCAGUGGAUCUUUUGCGAUGGGUGCUGCUACUGGAGUGGUGACAGCUUUAGUGACAAAGUUCACCAAGUUACGGGAGUUCCAGUUGUUGGAGACGGGCUUGUUCUUCUUGAUGUCUUGGAGUACCUUCCUCUUGGCUGAAGCAUGGGGUUUCACGGGCGUGGUUGCAGUAUUGUUUUGUGGCAUCACUCAAGCACAUUAUACAUACAAUAAUUUGUCCACUGAGUCUCAACAUAGAACUAAACAGUUGUUUGAGCUUCUCAAUUUCUUAGCAGAGAAUUUCAUCUUCUCCUACAUGGGACUGACACUGUUCACCUUCCAGAACCAUGUCUUUAACCCAACAUUUGUAGUUGGAGCAUUUAUUGCUAUUUUCUUGGGAAGAGCUGCCAAUAUUUACCCCUUGUCCCUCUUACUUAACUUGGGUAGAAGAAGUAAGAUCGGAUCAAAUUUUCAACAUAUGAUGAUGUUUGCUGGCCUUCGUGGUGCAAUGGCUUUUGCCUUGGCCAUUCGAGACACUGCCACUUACGCACGACAAAUGAUGUUCAGCACCACACUUCUGAUUGUAUUCUUUACUGUGUGGGUAUUUGGUGGUGGCACCACUGCAAUGCUGUCGUGCUUGCAUAUAAGGGUUGGUGUUGAUUCAGACCAAGAACAUUUGGGUGUUCCUGAAAAUGAAAGGAGAACUACCAAAGCAGAGAGUGCUUGGCUCUUCCGGAUAUGGUACAACUUUGAUCAUAACUAUCUGAAACCUCUGCUGACUCAUAGCGGGCCGCCUCUCACGACAACGCUCCCUGCCUGCUGUGGCCCCAUCGCCAGGUGCCUAACCAGCCCCCAGGCUUAUGAAAACCAGGAACAAUUGAAAGAUGAUGAUUCUGAUCUUAUUCUGAAUGAUGGCGAUAUCAGUUUGACAUAUGGGGAUUCUACAGUGAACACGGAAUCGGCAACAUCCAGUGCCCCUAGGAGAUUUAUGGGCAACAGUUCUGAAGAUGCCUUGGAUCGGGAGCUUGGAUUUGGGGACCACGAAUUGGUCAUUCGUGGAACACGCCUGGUUCUUCCUAUGGAUGAUUCUGAACCCGCAUUAAAUUUGUUGGAUAACACAAGACACAGUCCAGCCUAAGCUUAUUAAUACUCACUUAGUGAUUUGUAAAAUUUGCACAUGUGAUUGUGAAGAAAUUUGUACUACCUAAAAAGUCCCAGUGCAUGUCUCUGAAUGUGUAAGCUAUAUAAAUGCUAUUUAUAUGGCAUAGAAAGAAUAUAAAUAUCCUGUACAAGGCAGAUUGUGAACAAACUAUUCUUUUAAGUUUUACUGGCUGCACUAUAUAGACUGGAUCUGUUUUAGAAGGUUACUUUCACAGUGAUGUUGUGUGUUCUGUUAGCUUUAUGUGUCAGUUAAAGUAUAAAAAGUAGUGGAUUUACUCUUUCUUAUAUUUACCUGACACUUAACCAGAGUACCAAGUCCUUGUGAUGUGAAUUAAUUUUGUGUGUGUGGUGGGGGAGGGAGAGAGAAGUGGAAGUCUUAUUUCCUAGGGAACCCGGGGAGGAGAGGUUCCUUUGUUGGGAAACUUUUGUUGAUCGCUGCUGCCUUUGUCUGUCAUGACCUUUUUCUUUCCCUUUUCUCUGGUGGCCUGUUGUGGUGCAGGGAGCUGAUGGCAUUUUGAUUUUGUCCCAUUCAGGUUGGGGAGUGAAGUGUGGGGGCCCUUUUCCUCCCUUGCUGUGAAAGAACAGAUUCAUUGACUACAGUACACUGCCAUUCAGAAAAGAAGCCUACAAGUGAUUUCCAAGACCACCUUUUCUUCUAGACCAAGGUCAUAGAAGGAGUCGCAUCCGGCCAGCUUAGCCAAAGUACAGGUGUAUCUAGUUCAGGGCAGUUGAUUUAGAUUUGAAGGGGGCUGGGGCAGGCACAGAAGGGGCAGAGGACAAGAGGGGAGUAAAGAGAAUGGUGGUUUCAGAGAUCUCUCUUCCCCCAAUAUGUAAAUAUUCUAUACCAGAUAAGUUUAAAUGAGAAAUUUAAUUGCUGCUUAAUUUUUGAUUAUGUACUUUAUCUGUAUAGCAAGCUUUGUCAUCAGAAGUUUUUAUAUCGAUUUAAAUUGCUGCUCUUUAGCAGCCAAACAGGAGCAAAAUGUAAAAUUUUUUAACUUACUGUGUCUAAUUGUCAUUUGUUAGUCUUUAGUUGAUGUUAAAAGUUAAUUUAUGAAUCCAUGCUUGUUCUACAUUGCACCAAAGGCAGUCAUAAGAGAAAUAUAAUGCUGUGAAGCAUUUUUUGUAAGGUGGCUCCUUUGUGUGCAACGGGUGUAGUUGUCUUCAUUUUCAUGUUACUUUUUUAAAUAUUAAAUACCUAAGCUGCCAUGUGUGAUUUUUGUUUUGUUUUGUUUUGUUUUGUUACGGUUUUCAAGGAAGAGCACAGAAAAAUGUCCCAUUUCAUAUUCAUGCUGAAAAUACCUAAAGGUGCAUUGAACGCUUGGAAGGGGAAUACUUUUUGAUGUUGAUUCUGACCUGUUAAUGAUUCAGGAGAAAAAUAUAAACUUUUGUGGAUUUCUCCCACCUCAGGUCUGAGUAGCAUUGCCUUAAAUCUUAUCCAAUUAGAAAAUUGAGUUAUUUGCAUGAUGUUCAAAUGUUCCCAUGAAAAAUAUCCUUCCAAACAAAAUGCACUUAUUCUCCAAAAGAUGUCUGUGCUAUCGCAAACACUCCUUGAGAGUUUAAGGGAAUCCUAACAUUGGACUUUUUAGUGGCAGCUUUGACUGUUGGCAUAGCCAUUUGUUACGUAGUGGUAGCGACUUUCCUGCUAUGCAGGAAUCCCUCCCGUGAAGUGUACGUUUUAUAUGAUAUGUGCCUCUUCAUGCAGUAAAUAAUUUCUUGUCAAUGUAUGUUUGAGGGGCUUUGAACGUCAGCAUCACUUACCCAUGAAGUUAUUCAAGUCGUAAAAGGUUAUACAGUAAUUUAACAGCUACCUUUUUUAUUCUGUCAGGUUACUGAGCUCAGUUUAUGUAAAUACUUAGCAUGACAAAUUCAGUAACUCGUCUGUUUCGGCAUGCGUAAGACUUUUCAUUAGGGAAACUGAUAAAGCUUGAGUCAACUAAAUCUGCUUUCAUCCUUUAUCAAAGGGGAACCAAGCCUCCUGUGCUUACAUCAGCAUCUGGAAGAUUUUCCUCUCCUCUAAUCUAUGUGUACAUCUUCAAGCAAAGAAGAGAGAAAAACUUUGCUCAGACGCCUAUCGGUUUUAGACACCUGAAUGAACUUUGAUGGAGUACAGUCUGAGGUACCAUCAUGCACACGUAGAACUGCUCUUGGACUUGUUUUUCUGUUGUUUGUGGAACCUACACGUUUGAAUGACUUGAACGUUGCAUCUUUUAAAGUUAUUUUUUAAGGGUUCUUGGCAUUUAUCCUAGUUGUCUGUGUUUGGCAGUGUGCUGUUAAAGUAAUAGACUUUUAAUCUUUAUGUAUUUUUUGUUUUCCCUUGGAGUACUUGGACAGAUGUUAUAGUGGUUUCUUUUAGG